AAGUAACUUGGGACGCCCAAAAAGGAAAUAAGUGCGAGUAGUGCGGGACGGAGGAAGUACAAGUUAUACAUGUGGGCCCACCAAUUAAUUAAAGAAUAAAGUUGUUGAGGGUUUUGAGGAAAGGAGGCGUGACUUUUACUUGGAAAGGAGGAAAUCAAAAAUAUAAAAGAGGGGAGCAGCCACUUUUGAAUGGGGACGCCGAUUUUAAGAGAGAAAACUGCAGAGAGAAAUACAUAGUCCAUUGAACAAUUGAGUGGAGAGAUUCUGGAGGAAGAAAGGAGAAAAUUCCUGCUAUCAUCUACUCCAAAUUUACUCCAUGAUUUCUAGGGUUUUAUCUCCAUUUAUCAUUGUUUUUGGUUUAAUUAUGUUAGGCUAAGAAUCUUGUGUUACUCCAAACACGUAGUAUGACAUUUUGAUUUCGUGAUUUAUUCUAUGCUCGUUUUUAUCUCAUGUUCGUUAUUACUACUUAUUUAAUUGAAUGAAUUUAUUACUUUAGGUGCAUCUUUAGUGAUAAUUCUAUAGUUUUGAUUUAAUGCCUCUUUAGCUUGAAUUGAGAUGGAUUGUGGUGGUAAUGAAUUAUCAAUUGGAAUUGUUUAGAUGACAGCUUGAUAAUGGAUUUUGAUCUUAAUUGCAAUUUUACUUUGAAUCUCGCGCUUCCGUAGGGUUCUUAGGAUUAUUGAAUUUGGUUUAAAGAGUAAGUGUUUAGCUAUUCUUUGACUAGUUGAUGUUUAGCAUGUUUAGUGCUUGCAUGUUUAUUUAUUUUAAAUUGUCCCGAAUGUAUGAGAUAGAAUUGAAUGCAUAGGAUAAAUCCGUGUCUUGUCAGCAAGUGUUUGGAGUAACAAUUGUCUCACUUGUGUUAAUUUGAAUUAAACUUUAUUUUUCAUUAUUUCAGAAAACAAACUUAAAACAAAAACCUUCAUUUUUUCUAUUUUUUUUAUUUGGAGUUAAACGAACUUACCUUCCAUGUGGAUCGACACCUUAAAUUACUACACACGAAGUUGUACUCUUGCAGUGAAGUGGUAAUAUUAGGAAUAAUUUUGUGAACUUGAGUGCACAUCUAUUCUGAUUUAAAAAGACCUAAAAUUACACCUCAACCGUACUUCUGUUUAUACAGUUACUAUCUAGCACUACUUCCUUUCCUUAUUUUCUCUUUUUAUUGCAUUGUUGUCAAUAUUUUCUGACUGGAGCUUGGGAAUUUAUUUAGUUCCAUUUGAGAGGGGAGCAAUCCUGCACAGUGACUUGCAGAAUUGUCCUAAGUGCUCAAGACACGAAGGAUUUUAAGCAAAAAAUUGAUGACGAGUACAGAGCAUACAUGAUUCUACACGACCUUCCUGUAGUUGUACGUAGGCAAAAUCUAGAUGGAAGUCGAUCAACUGUCUAUCAGCAGGGUUUUGAAGUUGGAUUCAAGGCAUUCUACGCAGGACUGAUGAAGUGUAUUCAUAUUAUAUUACUUAUCACUUAAGUUUCAAAGUGAUGUAUCAUAGAGAUGAAGAAGCUAAUUCUGCUAGAAUUGUGGGGUUUGAAGUUACUCCUAAAAGCAUUAAGCACGAGAUCCAGUGGGAUUAUACUAAUAGAUUGAACGUGUCGACAAGCAACAACAGCACCAGAUACAUGUUUGAAGAGGGCGGUGUUUCUCUACAGGAAGUUUAUGCAGGCGCAGAUAUCAUAUUUUCAUAUGAUGUUGUCUACAAGGGUGAUGAACUUCAAGUGAAAGUGAACAAGCUGUUCUCUGCAAAGACACUACUUCCAUAUGACUAUUACUACUUGAAAAACUGCAGGCCGCCGACAAUCAGAGAUGCUGCUCAAAACUUUGGACAAGUUCUUCGUGGUGACCGUACUUCUGUUUAUACAUUCCAUAUGAGAGAGGAGCAAUCCUGCACAGUGACUUGCAGAAUUGUCCUAAGUGCUCAAGAUGCGAAGGAUUUUAAGGAAAAAAUUGAUGACGAUUACCGAGCAUAUAUGAUUCUAGACGACCUUCCUGUAGUUGUACGUAGGAAAAGUCUAGAUGGAAGUCGAUCAACUGUCUACCAGCAUGGUUUUGAAGUUGGAUUCAAGGCAUUAUACGCAGGGACUGAUGAAGUGUAUUCAUAUUAUAUCACUAAUCACUUAAGUUUCAAAGUGAUGUAUCAUAGAGGUGAAGAAGCUAAUUCUGCUAGAAUUGUGGGGUUUGAAGUUACUCCUAACAGCAUUAAGCACGAGGUCCAGUGGGAUUAUACUAAUAGAUUGAAUGUGUCGACAUGCAACAACAGCACCAGAUAUUUGUUUGAAGAGGGUGGUGUUUCUCUACAGGAAGUUUAUGCAGGCGCAGAUAUCAUAUUUUCAUAUGAUGUUGUCUACAAGGAGAGUGAGAUCGAGUGGGCAUCAAGGUGGGAUGCCUACCUCUUGAUCAAUGAUGGACAAAUCCACUGGUUCUCAAUUGCCAACUCCUUGUUGAUCAUGCUCUUCUUCUGUGGCACGGUGGCAACGAUCAUGAUACGGACUCUGCGCAAGGGCAUUGCAAGCUAUGAUCAACUGGAAAGCAAAGACGAAGCUCAUGAAGAAAUGGGGUGGAAGCUGCUCCAUGGAGAUGUUUUCAGACCUCCUUUGAAUUUGGAAGUGGUUUGUGCUUGUGCAGGAUCCGGACUUCAGAUGCUUGGGACGACGCUAGCAACAAUGAUCUUUGCGUUGCUAGGCUGCUUCUCCUAUUUCAACCAUGGAUGGCUCAUGACUGCCAUGGUUUUGCUAUGGCUUCUCAUGAGCUUCUUUGGUGGCUAUUCCUCUGCCCGUCUCCAAAAAAUGUUCAAGACCACAGACUGGAAGAGGAGUGGCUUGAAAACAGCGCUCCUCCUCCCCGGUAUUGUUCUCUCAGUGUUCUUUGCAGUGAGAACUCUCAUUUGGGGUGAAAUGUUAUCUUCGGGCAUACCCUUUGGAACAGUGCUUGCACUUUCGAUCCUGUGGUUUGGAGUUUCAGGUCCAUUAGUGUUUCUUGGUGGCUAUUUUGGUAACAGAAAGACUUCCAUUGAAGCUCUGGUGGAAACAUGUAAGAUCCCAAGAAAGAUUCCUAAACAGCGAUGGUACCUCAGACCUAUCUUUUCUAUACUAAUGGCAGGCAUUCUUCCGUUUGUAUCGGUUCUCAUUGAGGCUCGAUUCAUCCAGACGUACCUAUUGAUGAACCAGUUGUGUUUCAUGUUCGGCUUCCUCUUAGCAAUCUUUGUUGUCUUGAUGAUAUUGUGCGCUGAGAUAGCAGUGGUCUUCUGCUAUCUGCAGUUGUGCAGUGAAGACUACAAUUGGUGGUGGAGAGCUUUCUUGAAUGGUGGCUCCCCUGCAUUCUACCUUUUUGUAUACUCAGUUUUCUUCCUGUUCACGAAGUGGGAGAUCAUAAUCCGGGUAUGUGGGAUUUGGUACGCAGGGUAUAUAUUUAUCGUGCUGUGUGCUGUCCUCGUGGUGACUGGCUCAGUCGGCUUCUAUGCCUGCUUAUGGUUUGUCAGGAUGAUCUAUUCAUCCGUUAAGAUUGAGUGAAGUGGAAUUAUGUUAUAUUUUACAAAAUGUGACUUUUACUUCUGUAAUUUUGAAUGUAAUAUACUUUACUUCUAGGAACUGCAAAUUGCCCAAAUAAAAUAUGAAAUUUAGUCAA